AUGUAUUCGGACACCCGAGAGCACUGCAAGAGUUGUUCACAGUGUGCAAUAGUGACAGGAACUGUUGUUGGGAAGUUGAAGCCACCUCUUCAUCCUAUUCCGGUACAGCAAGCUUUCCAGAUUGUCGGGGUUGAUGUAAUGGACCUACCGGUGACAGAAAGUGGUAACAAGCAUGUGCUAGUUGUCCCCAUGUUUGGUGUACCAGAGGCUUUGUUGUCUGACCGGGGUACGAAUCUGUUAUCACACCUAAUGCUGGAUUGUUGUCAGUUACUGGGAAUGAAAAAAAUUAACACUACUGCUUACCAUCCCGAGUGUGAUGCUGCUUUACUACCGCCGAGGAAGACCCAGGCCAGCGAAGUUUCUGAUUACCGUGAGAAGCUUGUCUUGUCACUGUCACAUGCGCGUCAAAUUGCAGUCAGUAGUAUUCAGGUCGCCCAGAGGAGAUACAAGGAGCAAUACGAUAAGAACGCAUCCACAGAUGUUAGUUUCAAGGUAGGGGACUGGAUUUUGGGUUGUUUCCCUCAAGAGGAGUCUGGAAAGUUACGGAAGCUGUCUCGCCCUUGGCAUGGGCCCUAUCGAGUUGCAUCCUGUGAAGAGCCAAACAUGACUGCUACUAAGGUAUAUUUUCCGGAUGACCCUCCUGUUCAGGUUCACUUUUCUAGAGUGUGUGGAUGUCCAGCUGGGUUCCCUGCUGGAUAUUACUGGUAUGGUAACAAGCACCGUGCCCCAGGUCGUCCAGCUAAAUGGGUCAAGAGGUUGUUGACUGCAACCACAGUCUUUCAGGGUCAGGAACCGAUGAAAGUAACCGACCUUCCAAUCAAGCCACCCACCACAGAACAACGACCUGAAAGGAAGAAUUUAACUGUCCAGCAACCAGAUCCGCCCUGUGAGGAACAGAAUUCUAAGCUUUCCCUGGGAGCUAAACGAUAUGGCACCAAGUGUGGUCUCAAUAUAAAAGUGAGUGGGUACACAGUGAAACAAGCAUAUGAUGGUAAGAAACCAUACCAACUGGCCGAUGGUGAACUGAGAAGACGACUGAGGAAAGCAAUAGAUGAACAGAAGUAUGCUGUUCUGUUUGCUGAGGGCACAGUGAGACCAGAAAUCAUCAAGUUGUGUUUCAUCGGUUCAGAAGGAGCAGGAAAGACGACACUCAUGGAGGCUCUCAAACGAGGAUGGUUGGAGUGGAUUUUUAAAAGAGAGAAUCAAGCAGACAACCCGGAUUGUGAAAAGGAACGCACGAUUGGUAUCAACGUGAUGACAGCCAAUAUUCCAGGGGUGGGUCGUGUUUCACUGCGGGACCACGCAGGUCAAAAGCAGUUCCACAAAACCCACGGCCUCUUCUUCUCUGCAUCCAACUCAUUCUUCAUCUUGCUAGUAAGUCUAGUGAGAGGAAAUGAGAGACGACGGUGCAGCGAUGAGGAGUUGCGAGAUGAGCUUCAGUACUGGCUCUCAUUUCUCAGAUCCAGUUUGAAUGGAGAGUUUAUACCCACAGUGUUGAUAAUGGCCAGUCGAGGAGAUUAUUAUCGUGAUGGUCAGCGUGUGUUGCAGCGUGUGGUCGACUGCAUUCGUGAGCUGUUCAAAGGCAAGAUCAACAUCAUUCAAGAAUGUUUGGUUGUCGACUGCAGGAAGUGUUCGUCCCCUGAAAUGAGAAAACUCAAGAAAUUUUUACGUGAUAUGAAGCAGCAACUUCAGCAAUCUGCUCCUCUAUAUCCUCGUCUUUGUCAGCCAGUCGUGUCCAAGUUGCUUCCUUCUCUUCGUAAGAAACAAGAAGAUCCAUUCAUGGAGACGGCAACACUCAUGGAGAGAAUUGAGCAAGAAGCAUGUCCAGGACAAGAGAAGGAGGUUGUAGAGAAAGUAGUUGGUUUCCUCGAUGAAUCAGGAGAGAUUGCUGUUGUUGGUGAUGUGGCUGCUCUCAAUCCUGCUUGUCUACAUCAAUAUGCCAUCGGUCCUAUUGUUGCUUCUGAGGAUUUCAAGUGGCAUGUCAAGUCAGAGAGAAAUGAUGGCACAGUAACAAAAGAAGAAGCGAAAACGGCAAUCGAUCAUUACUUGAGAGAUCACAAGAUUGCCGUUGAACUCAACACAGAUAAAGUUCUCGCUAUCAACAAAUCUCUUGGUAUCUGCUUCAAAGUGGAAGGCAGAGACGACACGUUCAUGUUUCCAGCUCUCUUGCCUCCUAAGGAUCUGUCUGUCAUGUGGAAGAAAGAUGAGAGUAAGAAAGUGUAUGUCGGUCGACGUCAAGUGUGCAGAAGUCAGAUGACCAUCUUCAGUCCAUCUACAUUCUGCAUGUUUCAAUCUAAAGUUUGCAUUACUUUGGAUCAAAAGGCAAGGCUGUGGAGGGAUGGACUGAUUCUAUCACAAGGCAGUACAGUUCAUAAUCUCAUUGAGUGUUUGGUGGCCGUGAUAGAUCCUCUUCGUUCUGUCGACUUUGUGUGUCGUGGAGGCAAUCGAACAGAAGCAGAAUGUGUUUCACUGCUGGACGCUGUCAUGUCUCUUUGGAGAGAUAUGUUAGACAGCUACAGUCCGGGCACUGAAUAUCAGACUGAAUAUCUGAGCAGAAAGCAUUUGGAGGAACACAAACAACCGAAACAAGUCGCUACCUACUCUCAGAAGGAGAUCAACGAAGCAAAAGCAAAGGAAGAAGGAGCACAUGCUGCUGUCAAACAAGUAGUUGGUAAUGAGCUGAUCGUAGAAAGUCUUGGCGAUCUGUUGGUUGUUCAACCCAUCGGUCAAUCAGCUCCAGUUUCAUCCAGUGCAGUUUUCAAUGCCGUUAUUGAGUGUGGUUCAUCUCAAUGGUAUUCAUUUGGAAUAAAACUAGACUUUAAUCAUGAUCAGAUUGAAGCUUUGUGUCAUGACAAAGUGACUCCUGCUGAUAAAUUGUCUGCAAUCAUCCAAGUAAAGACCAAACAAGUUGGUGAUGUGAAGAAGAUGGAUGAUCUGCUGUUAGAGGCGUGUAGACAUUUACCAGAUCCAAUUGAUGGUGCAGUGAAGGAGAAGCUUGGAAUCUAGCAUUAGUCACGUGACUGUAGAAACUAAGCUUGAUAUAUCUACAGACAGAAUUUAUUGACAAAAUUACUGUUUUUCACGUGUCAACACAUUCUGUUUAAAAUAGCAGCAUAUUUGGGCAUGUAGUACCUAGUGAUGAUGGGCCUAGCUAAUGCACAUGUAGUUAAUGAUUAUUGGACAAACCAUUUGUAUUGCUAACAGAACAAAUUAAACUUAUACGGGCCAUUUUGUAUCUUUCUUUUCAGAUACAUGUCGAAGU